GACAUAGGGGUCAAUUCACAAAGAUAAACGUUAUCGCUUUCACCUAGUAGAUAAAUUACCGCCCCUUAUCUAACGCUAGUAACCAUGGUAUUCACGAAAGCUUCAAUCGUUAUUUAAUGUAGUCGUUAUGGUUGUCAACUGACUCGUUAUCCAAUCGUUAUGGUUACGUUUCUAACGUAAAUCUCAUUUAGAAGAACGGUAUUCUAACGAAUCAAUCGUUAAUUUAAUGUCCCAAAUCGUAAUAAUAACGUCUACGCUCGUUAAUUAACGCCGGAGAGAUGCAUUCUGGGAGCAGAAGAGGAGGAGAAUAGUUCAUCCUAACCACGUGUUUCCUCUGCAAUUGCGUCCUUUGACCCGGAUGCGGAAAAGUAAAUAAAAGAAAACACACCUGGAGCUCGAGCGCGUGGUGUGGGUGGAAAAAACAGCAGCAGCAGCAGCAGCAGAAAACAUGAGGCCGAGUCUAAGAUCGCUGUUUGAGCAAAUUGUGAAUUCGCCCAUCCAACAGUCAGAAGAACAUUCAAGCUCCAAUGAGGAAAAUGACAAUAAUGGAUCUGUCAAGUCAGUGGGUCAUGUACCCGGAAAUCUAGCUGCUAUGGUGCGCACCCAAAAAAAAAAUAUGACGGUAGAUACUAAAGAUAAAUCACAGACAUCAUCGAAGCCUAAGAAACCUGAUUCCAAGGCACAGACCACUCCUCCUGGGAAUAUUAACUCACUUAAAAAAACGAAAUAAAAGAAAAAAUUCAGAAAAGGAACGCAAAAAGGAGACACCAUCACCCAAGGAUGUGGGUCCAUCCAAAUUUACGGAAACAUUUGGGGAAUGUAUUAAGAUCAAAACUGCGUAUGAUACCGCACAAAAAUCAACAUCAGAAUCACAACAAAGACACAAAUCAACAAAAUCGACGCAAGAAGAUUACAAGCAAUCCAAAACAUACCCAAAAGCUAAGCACCAAAAGCAGCAGCCUGAGUUUGGUAAGAGCAAUUUCCACCAUCAAGACAAAUCUGAAUGUAGAGUUAGUAAAGCAAGCAAGUCCCAUCCAGAACCUAGACCACCCAUGGAAUCAUCUCAGCAAUCACUAUUCUCUACUGAAGUGCCAAAAAAGAUCUCCAAGCCAGCAAGGUCAGAUGUCAUCAUGUCAUCUAAUCCUGCCUCGCCAGUGUUAAUAGACGGAGAUGAAUUUUCGACAGAGAGUGAAUCUGAGAAUCCAGCAGUUCGUCCAGGCAAAAAAAUCCUUAAGGAUAAAAAGCGAAUCCGAAAUCGAAAAUUCACAUUCCAUGAAAACCUAGUCUUAAUUGAGAACCUUGUUCCACAUUUUCACAAGCUCCUUGGAAACAGAGCAGCUGCUACGGAGUCAGCAUGGAAAAACACAAUCUGGAAGCAAAUUACAGAUGCAGUUACGAGUGUGGGUGUCUCUCCACGAUCAGCAGAUAACGUACGUAAGCGGUACCAGGACAUUCGGCUUCUACUAAGGCGCAAGAUUUCGGAUGAAAACAAGAGCAGAAAAGCAACAGGGGGUGGCCCUGAGAAGAAAAUAGUUUACCACCAGUAUGAAGAGUUACUGCGUCCAUACAUAGAUCUAGAUUCCAUUGUUGGCAUCAAGGCUGGUUUUGAUACCUCGAGGCACCAUGAAAACGAGCAACAUAAUGCAGCUCAACACACCUAUCGCCAGCAGAAGCUCUCCUUUAUGGCCAAACUAACUGAACUCUUAGAAGCACAUCUGCCAUCUCCUGGUGAGCAAUCUCAUAAUGCUCGGAAUCUAACCAGCAGCAACCACAGCAGUUUUGUUUGUGAAAGUAUUAUCGAAAAUGAUGCUAAUGAUAAUUUUACUAUUCAGGAUAUUUAAAUGUUAUAAGAAGUACAAUUUUUUUUUUUUAAUACAUUUCACAUAAUUCACAACUGAGUUUGAAUUUAAAGAGCUUGCAAACAUUUGUUCUUUAAAUUUUUACUCAGCACGCAACAUUGUUAAGUCAUAUAUUGCCCAAAGUUGACUGCUAUAUAGAUGCUUUUUCCAGUUAAAUAUCUCAUUUGACCAUGUCGUUGCAGAUCUGUACCAAAUAUGUGUAAUCAACAUGACGUUUGUAUUUGAGUUUUAGAUGUUUCAAUGGCCAUCAUUGAUCAAGCUGGUUGGAUGACCAAUGAAACGUCUUUAGACAGUUAUGUAGCUUUGAUUUUAUUUUCAAUAGAUAUACAAUUAAUGUUAUAUGGGAUUUUUUCUAUGACAUUAUUGCCUCUGAAAACAUUUCAAAAAAGGUUGAGAAUUAUGUGAAAUCUAUUUUUAUCUAUCGAGCAUGUUCUAGUAUUCAUUACUGUUAUCAUUACGGUUUUCCUAAUUGUUGGUAUAUACACGUUGAAAUGCAAGUGCAACAAUAUUGUCAAAUAUUUGUUUUAACAUGUAUAUUUUUUGUUCAAAAGCAGAACCAUUUUUUUGUUGUAAGGCAAAAAAGUGGUAGGAUUGUUGAAAAGUAGAAGUGAACUAUCAAUAAUACUAGAGUUGAAGUUACAGAGUAGAGAUAUAAUUCAUCAGCACUACAUAAAAUCAUCAAUCAUAUUCGUUUAAUAGGAGAAUACAUCACAUAACAUCACGUCUACGCAUUUGAAACAGACACCCUUUGUCACAGCAGAAAAUGUGACAGGUUUUUCAUGCUUUUCUUCCGUCAGGAAGGCACACUAUUGGAUCUAAAUUUUUUUUUUUUAUAUUUUAUCCACGUGGAUGUAAAUUAUUGAUAUUUUCACUCAAGUGCUUGGAUUUGUAUCUGUACUCUGUGACUAAAAUGCGCCAUCCAUUGUUGUUGUCACAGCAAGGACCAUGUUUCUCUGUGUGGUUUUCAAAAGUAAUGUGUAUUUUCUCCUAUGAAGAAUAAAGCAAAGUAGCUGAUAAUUGCAAUCUUGAUAUCACCUGUGUUUCUGUAAAGUUUAAAACAAAAUAUACAUAUUUUAGUUGCUGACGUCGUCUUCUUCGCCGGUAGUUUAAUUCAUAUUAAAAAAACAAACAUCCAAAUGGUUCCAUACUCCAUCUUGCCCAACCAUAUAUUUUUGAUGUUGUGUUGGCUGUAAUUUGACUUCUGUUACUUUUGAAACCACAUGUUAUUGGUAUGGAAUGUAGGUAUCAUUUCCUGACUAAUGAGGUUAAAAAUGUUUCUGCAAUUUGUAGACGACCGCUAUUCCAUCUUUCAAAUGCCCUGCGUGGAAUAGUUAACAUUUUAACUAACGUGCAUUGUUUCUCAGUAAUGAAAUGAGUAAUGGUAACUGCGGUGUGGGGUGGAGAGGAGAAAUUAAAAUAUAUGUAACAUUUGGGGUAAUGGUAGAUGACUAUAGGCAACCAAAGGUAGAGUUAAGUGACCAGUGAUGAAGGUGAUGAUAUACAAAACAAUAAAUCACACCAAAAAUAUAAUAUUAUGAUUCAAUUAUUGUGUUAUUUAUUGGUUUGCAUAUCAACGGCUUCUUUACAGGUCACUUACUCUCCUUACCUUAGGUUGGCUAUAGCCAUCUGCCAUUACGUCAAUUGGUGGUAUUUAUUUUAGUUUUAUUUCAUUUCUCCCCUCUCCCACACAACGCAGUUAACAGCACUCAUUUCAUUCACCAUCUUUCUGGCAAGGACAUGGUUUCAGGCAACUGCAGCAUUUCAACUGUCUUUGGCACACAGUUCGGUCUUCUAUUUUAUUGCUUCUCACUAAUGUCAAAAAAAUGUUGGUACUUAUUAGCAGAUGAACAGAAUUUUUGCGUGUAUAACCCACACUUACACUUGUUGCAAUAAAGAAUUCAAACACA